CUUGUUAUUUGCAAGUCAUUUUUUAAUUGUUUGUGUUUUGCACUUCUGAGGGUCACCGUAGUACACGAUAACGUAUUACGUAAUAAAUCACCGUACUUAUGAUGUCAUUCUGUGUAAAGUUAAAGAGCUGAAUAACUGCUGUGCAAAAAACAGGACCCACAUACCGCCCCCAGUCCACCUGUGUUCCUGGUUGAUUCUGUUGGUUUCCACGAAAACUAGGACCCUAUAUAUAUAGCGCGGGAGCUGCUGUCAACCCCGGAUUGACAGACAUUUGUACUUGUGUGCAGUUAGCUCCAGUGUUAACAUUUAUUUUCCCGCAGAAUGGCGUGCCGGAGAGGAGCGUUGAUAGUUCUGGAAGGCGUUGAUCGUGCAGGGAAAACCACACAAUGCAAGAAGCUUGUGCAGGCACUGCAACAGUGCGGACAGCGGGCUGAAAUGCUCAGGUUCCCGGACAGGACCACAGAAAUUGGGCAGCUGAUUAACUCCUACUUGGAGAAAAAGAGCAACCUGGAAGACCACGCCAUCCACCUUCUCUUUUCUGCAAACCGCUGGGAGCAAGUACCUCUAAUUAAAGAAAAACUGGAGCAGGGCGUGAAUGUCAUAGUGGACAGAUAUGCAUUUUCAGGGGUGGCUUUCACAAGUGCCAAGCCGGGGUUCAGUCUGGAUUGGUGUAAGUUCCCGGAUGUAGGUCUCCCGAAGCCGGAUCUGGUUCUCUUCCUGCAGCUUAGCCCAACAGAUGCGGCGCGGCGCGGGCAGUUUGGCGCUGAACGCUAUGAGAACACCGACUUCCAGAAGGCAGUGCAGGAGCACUUUCAGCAGCUCAUGAGUGACCGCAGCGUCAACUGGAAGGUGAUUGACGCGUGCAAGAGUGUAGAAGAUUUGCAUGAGGAGAUCAAGUCUCACAGCAAAGCCGCCAUGGACACUGCCGCAUGCCAGCCUAUCGGAGAGCUGUGGAAAUAAGGCUAAGCCAAUCCCAGACCUGGAAAUAAUUUAGCUCUGCAGCAUUUUAAAGUUUCAAAAUCAUUUGGAUUAAUUUCAGUAGCCUUCUGACUAAAAGGUCAUUUUACAGCGCCCAAGGUCUUUCGUUGAUCUUAAGAGCAGUGAGUCUCAAUUCAGAUGCUGCUGAGAUCAAGAAAGUGCUUGGAAUUCCAUUUAAGAGAAUGUCAAACUAGGUGGGAGGGAGGGCAUGGUUGCUUAAGCAGGUUUGCAGGGAGCUUGCACAGACAACAAAGAAGUUCUUUCCCAGAGGACAUUUUUAGGUUAGCUAUACCAGUAUCAAUAAAAAAAGAUAACUGGAAUUUGUUGGAUAUUGUAAAAACUGUCAGACAGCAGUAUUUGCCUGGAGCAGAGGGAUAUUGGUCUGUUUUAAAUGACUUUAAUGUAACCUUUGUCUGAUUCACUGUUAUGUGAUGUUUCCAGGAUCUUUACUGUGCAAACUUUGGCUCAUAUUCUGGGUAGAGGACAAUGGGUGGCGGUGACCGAGUGGAGUAUAAGAAAUGGCCCUCGUCAGGGUGUGGUGGGGUGGUGGGAAGACUCCUAAAAAACAAAUACAGUUAAGUAUAAGAUGUUUAGUAUGUGUUCAGAAGCACAUACAGUAAUCAAUGUGGUAUCUGUUAGGUUGGUACAUUCCAUGUUGCUGUUUACAUGCUUUGUUAUGUUAUCACUGGGUUUUUUUUUUUUACCUUCUCAACGCGGGUUUGUUUAUUUUAACCCCAUCACAGUCUCUUCUUCAGGUUCAUUUGUGGCAGCCCAACCAAUACUUUCCAGUUUUACUCUGAGGCCCCUUUUAAAAUGUCCAACAGCCCUUAUCCCCCCUAUAGUUUGUGUUGUACUUUUUAUUGGCUAUGUAAAGAUUACUUACUUUUGUUACAGCUAAUCUCUUGAGCUUGCCCACUGAAAUAAUGUGAGAACUAGGUUUUAUUAACUAGUGCAGUAUUUUGAAAGUGGAUCCUUUAGUUGUAUGGGUUGAACAGUAAUCUGCGUCUUAGUUAUGGAAAAUGUUAUGGAUUAAAAUAUAUGAUUGCUGAAGCUGAUGAACUGGAAAUGUGAAAAUCUAUAAACAUUACUACUGUCUUUGGGCAAAUGGAACACCUUAGAAAUGUAAUAAUGUAGACUGUGUUUUGAGAAGACAUCGAUACUGCUAUGAACAUGAGAACAAAACUUACGAACGAGAAGAGGCCAUCUGGCCCGUCCUAAGCUCGUCCAGUUCCUAUAAGCUAAUUGAUCUCAAAACCUUGUCCAGUCUGUUCUUACAGAGGAGCCAGUGAUUCUGCCUCAACAACAUGACUGGGUAACCCAUUCCAUACCUUCACUAUUCUGUGUGAAGACGUGUCUCCUUUCCUCUGUCUCAAGUCUAUCUCCACUUAUUGUCUUCUAAAAUGGUUUUCUAUCUCUGAGAAAAAUGUUUGUUCUUCAGAUGUGUAUUAGUGAGUGAGCUGAUUCACUAAGUGCAGUGGUAGCUCAAAACACAUUUUCUAGGAAAGACAAACUACUGGGAACAAGUCAUUUAUUGUUCACUAAUACUGUGUAUUGGUAUCCAUGACCACAGCAUUCUGUCUUUAAUGAAGGCGUUGAAAAAGACUUUAGUCAAAAUGUUUGACAGUGAAUUUUGUGUUUAUUUUGGUAUUUCUAACAUCUUCAAAAGGCAAAAGAUUUUAAAAAGCAGUAUGUACCCCAAGUGCAAACCAUUUAUUAAUGACAGAAUGACUGGGUGGGAUAUCUGUUCAUCAUUUUACCGCAACAAUGGAAUAAUUAUAUCUACAGGGUUGCCAACAUAUUUAUAAACACAGUAAUGAAUGCCACAUCUCUUGUCGUUGGAUAUUCCAAGACAAUUGAUACAAUGUGGGUUACUGGUAGACGGCUUGCUCAUGUUGUGUUAUUUAAAGUUUAAUUGUAGCUAACAAAAUAGUUCCUUAUAGUUUGCUAUGCAUAUCAAUUAAUUAUAAAGGUCUCAGAAAUGCAUUUUUGAAAGCAAUACAUUUUUAGCAAAUAUGUAUUUUGAUUUUAAAACAGGAUAUCUGGUUCUACAGUAGGUUAAAUAAAUCUGUUUGCAACUAAGCUUUCAGUCUUGCAGUUCCUGGAGCGUGAAAUGUUCCCACCCCAUCACUGGCUUAAUUCCUGUCGAUAACCAAUCCAUUGCUUCCACUAUUAAAUCCACUAGCAACAUGGUCUGACACAGAUGUCACUGCUGGGUGAAAAAAUCCAAGGAGGUUGAGCAGUAACUUAAGGCUUCCUGAAAGGCAAGCAAACUCUCUAUAACCUGUUGUAAUGCUGUUUUUAGUUUGCUAGAACACGUGUUUCUUUCAUAACAGCUCGUUUAAGACCAUGUAAGUAAUGAAAAUGCAAAAUGGGUAAGAUUUAUGGAGCUAUUUUGUUACUUUAUGGGAAGACAAUCCUUAAAUGCAGUUC